CUGUUGUGGGGCGUGGGGAGGGGGCGGCAGCCCCCCUUACCUCUCCUGUGCUGCAGUAGGGACCCAGGCAGCGCAGGACGGGGACAUGGAGAUGGUGCAGGUGGGCACCCAGUGCCCGAGUGGCACCAACUCCCCUGAGGCCCCAGCCCCCAGCAGCAGCAGGACCAGACGGCACAAGAUCCAUUCCUGCCUCCGUUCAAAAGCAGUUUGGAUGUGCGCUGGCUGCACCGUAGGGCUGGGGAUCCUGGUGCCAUGUCUGGUAGCGGGGCUGCGUGAGACACGAGAGACACCGCAGCCGAACAGCACCGUUGUGCCUUCCUCCAGUGCCCGUAAGCAGUGGGCAAGGGGUCUGCAGGCUCUGCCCCGUGGGAGCUGCUCUCCUGUUUUCUGGGGCAAAAGGAGUAGAAAGGAGGAGGUGGUGUUUGCUGAGGGGGCUCGGGCCUGGGGCUCCCACUCCUACCAGCAUUUCUACACCGGGGUGUCAGACCCCCGCCCAGACGUGCCCAACUUCACUGCAAUGAGCUAUAUGGACGACCAGCAAAUUCUCCACUACGACAGCGAGAGGCAGAGACAGGAGCCGCGCGGAGACUGGGUGCAGGGGGCCGUCGACCCAGACUUCUGGGACACAGAAACCAGGAGCUUGCAGCAGUGGCAGAAGAGAUUUAAACAGAACCUGGUCACCCUGCAGCAUCGGUACAACCAGAGCAGGGGGUCUCACACUCUCCAGUUCAUGUACGGCUGUGAGGUUGGUGAAGACGGCAGCACUGGAGGCUACAUGCAGGUUGGCUACGACGGGGGAGACUUCAUCAGCUAUGACCUGGGAACGUGCACCUGGGUAGCAGGAACAACACAGGCCCGGGUCACCCAGCAGACCUGGAAUGAGGAUAAGAUCCUUCUUCAGCUCACAAGAUCCUACCUGGAGGAGACCUGCAUUCUGUGGCUGCGGCAGUACCUGCAGCACGGGGAGGCAGCGCUGCAGAGCAAGCACCCCAUGGCAGAGGUGAGCCACAGGCCCUUGUCCCGGGACGGACGCACCGCCCUGUCCUGCCGGGUGCACGGCUUCUAUCCCAGGGACGUGGCCGUCGUCUGGCUGGAGAAUGGGGAGGCGCAGCCCCAGGAGACAAGGUCUUCAUGGGUCCUUCCCAGCGGAGACGGGACCUACCAGACCUGGGCCACCAUCGAGAUCGACCCGAGCAGCAACCACGACUACACCUGCCGCGUGGAGCACGUGAGCCUGGGUGCAGCCCUGACAGUGUCCUGGGACAAAGGCAGGAGCAAGCCCAACCUGAUGCUGAUUGUGGUUAUCGUGAUCGGUGUCGUCGUGCUGGUCAUUGCCGGGGUGGGCGCAGCUGUUCACUGGCGCAGACGUACCCUUCACUGAGGAGGAUUGAUGUUGCUGCUCCUACGUGGAAAAAGGAAACCCCCGAGGAGCAGCGGAGCUGACACCACAUGCUGCUCUUGCCGGGAACAUCGUCCCUGCUCCCAGCCGCGCAGGCGUGAAGGCUGCCACCUCGGAGACGUUUCUGGACAUCUUGCAUCGCGGUGCAGCUGCUGCUACGCAGUGGUGACCGGGGCGCCAUCCCGGGUGGGAGGGGAGGGCACUGGCUGGCGUGACGAUGCCGCAGGGCAUCUCUUUCCAGCCAGGACAGUGUUAUAAUUGAUGAGCCCUGCUUGCUUCCUUGGAUGUCUCCCCUCCAGCUGCCCCCUGCCAGGGGCCUGACCGCAGCGAUGGUAUGAAGUGCACACAGAUUUUGUGAUGAUCUAAUAGUCCUUAUAACUUAUAGUCCCGUUUUUACAUUGUGCUUUUAGCAUAAAUGCAUCUUUUGCAUCAAUUACACUUGAAUUAAGGUUUGGGAUGGUUUUAAAAUGGUAUUUUUUUAAUAUGUAGCCUGAGUGUACACGGUUUGUACUUUCCUCUCCAAUUGAGGGAAUUAUUGGCGGGGCAGCGCACUGCGGAGGGACACAGCAGCCCAGCGGCCACCUCUGUCCCCUAUAGAGUCAGGUCCAGUCAAUCAGUUACUUACCUAUGUACAGAUUUAUUAUCACAACAAAACCAUUAAAGGGGUA